AUGAAAUCCUCCAGGAUGAUGAGUUCUAAUCCUGAGGAAGACCCUCUGGACACAUUUCUCCAGUAUAUUGAGGAUAUGGGGAUGAAGGCCUACGACGGAUUGGUUAUUCAGAAUGCAUCGGACAUUGCGCGAGAAAAUGAUCGCUUGAGAAAUGAAACAAACCUGGCCUACUUGAAGGAAAAGAAUGAAAAACGCCGAAGACAAGAAGAAGCAAUAAAACGCAUAGGUGGAGAAGUAGGGCGAGGCCACGAAGGAACUUACGUGGGCAAACACUUCCGCAUGGGAUUCAUGACGAUGCCCGCUCCUCAGGACAGGCUGCCCCAUCCUUGCUCCAGUGGCUUCUCUGUGAGGUCGCAGUCGCUGCACUCGGUCGGGGGCACAGACGAUGACAGCAGCUGUAGCUCCCGGAGACAACCACCCCCCAAGCCCAAGAGGGACCCCAGCACCAAGCUGAGCACGUCGUCCGAGACGGUCAACAGCACGGCAGCCAGUAAGAGCGGGAAAGGCCCCGAGCGGAACGAAGUGCCAGCCAAGCCGAGACCCCACAGUGAUGAAUAUUCAAAGAAGAUUCCUCCUCCAAAACCAAAACGGAAUCCAAACACUCAGCUCAGCACAUCUUUUGACGAAACGUAUGUCAAGAAGCACGUGCCCCGGAGGACCUCACUCCCUCGGGACCCCUCCCUCUCCCAGGUCAGCAGCCCCUCAGGGGGCCCCGAGGAGGAGGAACCCGUGUAUAUUGAGAUGGUGGGGAACAUUCUCAGAGACUUCCGGAAAGACGACGACGACCAGAGUGAGGCCGUCUACGAAGAAAUGAAAUACCCCAUUUUUGACGACUUAGGCCAAGACUCAAAGUGUGACCUUGACCAUCACAGUUGUUCUUCGCAGUGUGCUACUCCCACGGUGCCUGACUUGGACUCGGCCAAGUCCUCAGUGCCAUGUACCCCGAAGGGUUUGCUCUGUGACAUUCCUCCACCCUUUCCCAACCUGCUUUCUCAUAGACCCCCGCUGCUGGUGUUCCCCCCGGCCCCUGUGCAGUGCUCCCCCAACUCUGAUGAGUCUCCGCUCACCCCCCUGGAGGUCACAAAGCUUCCUGUGUUGGAAAACGUGUCUUAUAUGAAACAGCAAGCCGGGGCGUCACCAUCCUCCUUGCCGUCCCAGGCCUCCGGCCACCCUAAACUGGAGAAAGACCAGGCUGGAGCCCUGGGACCCAUUCCUGCUGCCUCGGUUCUCUCCUCGUCCCCUCCCCCGCCUUCCACUCUAUACCGAACGCAGUCUCCCCACGGCUACCCCAAAAGUCACUCCGCCUCUCCGUCACCCGUUAGCAUGGGCAGGUCCCUGACCCCGCUCAGCCUCAAAAGGCCCCCGCCCUACGAUGCCGUGCAUUCAGGCAGCCUCUCCAGGAGCUCUCCAUCAGUGCCUCAUUUGACCCCCAGACCGGUGUCGCAAGAUGGGAGCAAGAUGGUCAAUGCCUCGGUCAAUACCUACGGGUCGGCUCCGAGCGGUUCCCGGUCCAGAACACCCACGAGUCCUUUGGAGGAACUAACCAGCCUCUUUACCUCGGGACGCAGCCUGCUGAGGAAGUCGUCCAGCGGCCGCCGCCCUAAAGAACCUGCAGAAAAAUCAGCAGAGGAGCUGAAAGUUCGGAGCCACAGCACGGAACCAAUACCAAAGUUGGACAACAAAGAGAGAGGACAUCAUGGGGCAUCUUCCUCCAGAGAGCCUAUCAAAGCUCAGGAAUGGGAUGGAACACCUGGGCCACCUGUGGUCACCAGUAGACUGGGAAGAUGCUCUGUGAGCCCCACCUUGCUAGCAGGAAACCACAGCUCAGAACCGAAAGUAAGCUGCAAACUAGGCCGGUCUGCGUCCACAUCAGGUGUGCCCCCUCCAUCCGUUACUCCUCUCAGGCAAGCCAGUGACCUGCAACAGAGCCAGGUACCAUCAUCGUUAGCCAAUCGUGAUUGA